AUGGCUCAGUGUGGGGGCAAAGAGCAGGGAGGCCCUCCCUUUAAAACCUCUGGAGAAGAUGAAUCUCUGAGGACAGAGAAGCAGAAACCAGAUUCUCCUGGAGGCAGCGGUGUCUCCUUAAAGAGUGACCAGUCUAUGGGUAAACCCAUCAGCUUUGAACGGGGAGGUCCUGAUGAUGGAAGGACAGAGAAGCAGAGACCAGAUUCUCCUGGAGGCAGCGGUGUCUCCUUAAAGAGUGACCAGUCUAUGGGUAAACCCAUCAGCUUUGAACGGGGAGGUCCUGAUGGUGGAAGGACAGAGAAGCAGAGACCGGAUUCUCCUGGAGGCAGUGGUGUCUCCUUAAAACAAUCCAGGUCUAUGGAUGAAAUCCUUAACUUUGACAGGGGAGGUGCUGAUGGUGGAAGUCUCUACAGACAGAUUCCCAGCGAUCCGUCAAACAAGCAGCAUCAAACAUAUCUGGACCUCACUUUCAAGCUGCUGGAGAAGAACAUCAACACCUUUGUAAAGAAUGAGUUGAUGAGAGUCCAGAAGACUCUGAGUCCAGAUUACCCAGCAAACUUAGAGAGUCAGAGUGAGGAAGAAAGGCAGAGAGAAAGCAGGAAUGCUUUUCUGAAGAUCAUUUUGCACUCUCUGAGGGAAAUGAAGGAGGAAGAGCUGGCUGACCUCCUCCAGAGCAGAACUUAUGAUGCAAUGUGCCGACAUAAACUGAAGUCCAGCCUGAAGGAGAGUUUCCAGGGUGUGUUUGAGGGGAUCGCUAAAGCAGGAAACCCAACCCCUCUGAACCAGAUCUACACAGAGCUCUACAUCACUGAGGGAGGGACUGGAGAGGUCAACGAAGAACAUGAGGUCAGACAGAUCGAAACAGCAUCCAGGAAGCUAGACCAAUCAGAAAUGGCGAUUCAUUGUGAAGACAUCUUUGAAGCCUCACCUGCAAGAGAUGAACCAAUCAGAACAGUCAUGACGAAGGGCGUGGCUGGCAUCGGAAAAACAGUCUUAACACAGAAGUUCACUCUGGACUGGGCUGAAGACAAAUCCAACCAGGACAUCCAGUUCAUAUUCCCGUUCACUUUCAGAGAGCUGAACCCAAUGAAUGAGAAAAAGCUCAGUCUGGUGGAGCUUGUUCAUCAAUUUUUCCCAGAAACCAAAGAAGCAGGACUCUGCAGGUUUGAGGAGUUCCAGAUUAUGUUCAUCUUUGAUGGUCUGGAUGAGUGUCGACUUCCUCUGGACUUCCACAAGAAUGUUAUCCUGACUGAUGUUACCAAGUCCACCUCAGUGGAUGUGCUGCUGACAAACCUCAUCAGGGGGAAACUGCUUCCAUCUGCUCGCCUCUGGAUAACCACACGACCUGCAGCAGCCAAUCAGAUCCCUCCUGAGUGUGUUGACAUGGUGACCGAGAUCAGAGGGUUCACUGACCCUCAGAAGGAGGAGUACUUCAGGAGGAGAUUCAGAGAUGAGGAGGAGGCAAGCAGAAUCAUCUCCCACAUCAAGACAUCCCGAAGCCUCCACAUCAUGUGCCACAUCCCGGUCUUCUGCUGGAUCACUGCUACAGUUCUGGAGGAUCUGCUGAAGACCAGAGAGGGAGGAGAGCUGCCCAACACCCUGACUGAGAUGUACAUCCACCUCCUGGUGGUUCAGACCAAAGUGAAGAGCAUGAAGUAUGAAGGAGGAGCUGAGACUAAUCCACUCCGGAGUCCAGAGACCAGAAAGAUUAUCCAGUCUCUGGGAAAACUGGCUUUUGAGCAGCUGCAGAAAGGAAACCUGAUCUUCUAUGAACCAGACCUGAUGGAGUGUGGCAUCGAUAUCAGAGCAGCCUCGGUGUACUCAGGAGUGUUCACACAGGUCUUCAGAGAGGAGAGAGGACUGUACCAGGACACGGUGUUCUGCUUCAUCCAUCUGACUGUUCAGGAGUUUCUGGCUGCUUUUCACGUCCAUCAGACCUUCAUCAACUCUGGAGUCAAUCUGAUGGAAGAGGAACAAACAACCUCAAUGAUGGCUGAAGCAAGAAGCCCACAACCUGACCAGACAAGUCUCUACCAGAGUGCAGUAGACCAGGCCUUGCAGAGCCCAAAUGGAAAUCUGGACUUGCUCCUCCGCUUCCUCCUUGGUCUUUCACUGGAGACCAAUCAGAAUCGCAUCCAGCAUCUACUCUGUCACACAGGAAGUUCACUGCCGACACAGUCUGAGAGUAACUCACAGACUAAAAAAGAAACAGUCCAGUACAUCAAGACAAGAAUCAAUGAGAAUCUGUCUGCAGAGAAAAGCAUCAACCUGUUCCACUGUCUGAUUGAACUGAAUGAUCGUUCUAUCGUGGAGGAUAUCCAGUGGUCACUGACGUAUGGAGGUCUCUCCCCUGAUGAACUGUCUCCUGCUCAGUGGUCAGCUCUGGUCUUCAUCUUACUGUCAUCAGAAAAUGAUCUGGAUGUGUUUGACCUGAAGAAAUACUCUGCUUCAGAAGACGCUCUUUUGAAACUGCUGCCAGUGAUCAAGGCCUCCAACAAAGCUCAGCUAGGACACUGUAACCUCUCAGAGAAAAGCUGUAAAGUUUUGUCCUCAGUCUUUAGCUCUUACUCCCCUAGUCUGAGAGAGUUGGACCUGAGCAACAACGACCUGCAGGAUUCAGGAGUGAAGGAACUGUCUUAUGGACUCAGGAGUCAAAACUGCAGACUGCUAACUCUUAGGCUGCGAGGCUGUAACCUCUCAGAGAAGAGCUGUGACCCUCUGUCCUCAGUCCUGAGCUCCCAGUUCUCCAACCUGAGAGAGAUGGACCUGAGCGACAACGACUUGAUGGAUUCAGGAAUCAAGCUAUUGUCUGGUGGGCUGAAGAGUCAACACUGUUGUCUGGAAACUCUCAGCGUUUCAGGCUGCCUGAUCACAGAGGAAGGCUGUGCUUCUCUGGCCUCAGCUCUGGGCUCCUCUCGUCUGAGAGUGCUGGACCUAAGCUACAAUCAUCCAGGAGAGCGAGGAAAGAAGCUUCUGUUGGAGCGACAGAGGGAUCCACAGUGCAGACUGGAGACACUGAGGUUGGAUCAUUGUGGACCACAAAGGCUGAGACCUGGUUUGAAGAAAUAUGCCUGUGAGCUGGAACUGGACACAAACACGGUCAACAGAAAGAUCAAACUGUCUAAAAACAACAAACAGAUGAUAUAUGUGGAGGAGGAGCAGCCGUAUCCUGAUCAUCCAGACAGAUUUGAUGUCCAGCCUCAGCUGCUGUGUAGGAAUAGUCUGACAGGUCGCUGUUACUGGGAGGUUGAGAGUAUUAGAGGUAUGACUGUCGCAGUGAGUUACAGAGGAAUUGGCAGGAAAGACGACAGUGAUGAAAGCUUUUUUGGACUGAAUGAUCAGUCCUGGAGUCUCGUCUACACAGCUGAGAAAAAUUACUUUCUCAGUCACAAUAGCAUAGAGUCUGUGACAAAAUCCUCUUCCCCUGAUUCAGAUAGAGUUGCAGUGUACCUCGAUCAUCCAGCUGGCAUUCUGUCCUUCUACACUGUCUCCUCUGACACACUGACCCACAUCCACACCUUCAACACCACGUUCACUGAACCUCUCUAUCCCGGGUUUUCAGUCUUCUAUUCCUCAGUGUCCCUGUGUUCUCUGUAG